GGAAGCUGUUGUAAACGAGAAGGGAAGUUCACUCCGAUUCAGACAAGAAAAGACCCCAGGGAAAUCUCUCCGAAUGUACUGAGAUCAUCGUUGCUCGUCAUAACGAGGUAACAGUAAUGACUCUACAGCCGUUUACAAACGAACAGUUAAAUUACUUCAAGUUCGCUUCUGUCGUGAUUAAUGAAUUUCCAAAGAUAUUACGUCAAGCCUUCAAAACUAGGUGGGACAACACCUUUGGACAUCUUCCUGGUUUCCAGCCCUGGGAUGACUCCCUUGCCGUGCGGAAUCUGUUCCUUGCCACAGAGGGUGGAUCAACUAAAGUCCCUACUAAUCUUCCGUAUGAUGACUGGGAUUGUACUGCCUUGUUCCAAGCCACCAUCUUCGCAAAGUCCUUUUCUAUGCCAGACGGCAGAGGACAUCAGAGAACACUCAGCUACUUGUUCGUGAGACCCCAUGGACUCCCUCCCGGAGGUUUCCAUACUUCUGUGAUCAGCUCAACUGGGAACGAUGCUGAGUCAUUUACUUUGGCGAUCGAUCAACUGCGACUUUUACGAAAUGCGUUCUGCCACUCACCGAGCUCCGAGAUCUCAAAAGCAACAUUCGACAUGUACAUCCAACUAACCAAAGACGCGUUCCAAGCCCUUGGUGUCUCAUCCAGCUGUGUGAAUACAAUUGGAAGUUUAACUGAGGCAGAUUUCCCAAUAGAAAAAGUCCGCAAGCUCGAGGAUGAGAUCAGAAAAGAGGGCCAGGCUGAAAAUGUGUUCCUCAAAGACCGAGUAGAAAAUAAGCUGAUGGGUAUGAUGUCUGAUAUCGCAGAAGCAAACCAGGAGCGGCGGGAUGAGGCAGAACGGACAGUGACAGAGAUAAAAGAAGGGUUCCGACAGCUGAAAAUGCAAAAUGAAGAACAGAAAGAACAAACUUUGGAGUCAGUGGAAAGAGCUAUCAGGUCUCAUAAUGCGCAAUCGAAGCGAGCAAGAGAAGAAGAAACAGCACACGUAGCCAAAGAGAGGAAGGAGGACAUUCAGCGGUUGGAGAAUCAGUUUCAAAGGCACAAUGAGGAAAUGAGAAAGGAGGCGUUGGAGCUUAAAGAAACUAUCAGGUCUAACAUCGAGCAAUCAAACCAAGCAAGAGAGAAAGAUGCAGCAUCAGCAGCUCAAGAAAGAAAAGAAGAGAUUCAGGAGUUGAGGAAACAGUUGGAGUUGGCAACAUCAUCUGUACCCCAACAAGAAAUGAGUCAGAAACUUGCUGAAUUGAACCAAAAGAUUGAUGACAUCACCAUAAAGACCACGAAACAAGAGUUUAAGCCCACUCUACCAAAAUCAAAUCUUCCCUCAAUGGUUCCUCACUUCACUGGGCGCGAGGAGGAAUGCAACGACGUCAUUGCUCACGUGACCAACGAAGCCACUCGCCUCGUUUCCAUAUGGGGCUCGCCAGGGUUCGGAAAAACGUCGACUGCAAUCGCCAUAGGACAUCGCCUCCAAGCGCAAGGCCUGCCGGUAUACUUUAUUUCGUUACGUGGCCUAAGGUUAAAGAGUGAUCUAACGUCGAGAUUUCUUGGACUGUUUACGCAUUCUGCGACAGCAUCCCAGCGUUUGACAGCAGAUGACGAACUUUGCUCAAUUUUGGCUCAAAUUGCAAAUCCCUUCGUUUUCAUCCUUGAUAAUGCCGAUGAUCUUUUUGAAAGUGGCCUUCCGAACGUCAAAGAGGAAGUUGUUGAUUUAAUUGGAGAAAUUCUCAAUUGCAGCCAUAAGGUAACGUUUCUUCUCACCACAAGGGAAUCUUGUCAAUUCUUAAAUCUGCGUUUCAAAGGACACCAUGCUGUAAGAAUAAGAGAGCUGGAUGAGCAAUCCUCCCUAAACCUUGUUCAAGAGCUGCUUCCAGAAGCGAACAAGUCUGAUUGUAUAAAAGUUAGGCAGAUUUGCGGGAGUGUACCAUUGGCCAUGAAGUUGUUGUGUUCCUCCAUUUCGGAGGAUAAUACCGCAACAUCAAGUGGGUCUGUUGACAUGUUCUUGAAUACCACAAAUAACAUUUUGGAAAUGUUGGACAACUCAGACUAUCCCAGCAAUCAGAGGUUGAAGUGUCUUUUUGACACCUCUUUUCAGAGACUGUCCGUAGAGGAAAGAGAAGCACUGGUCUCACUUUGCAUUCUUCCCAACCACUUUGACCUACAUGUCGCAUCAGCUGUGUUAGGAAUGAAAACACCCCAAGCUGCAAAAAUGCUGCAAAAACUCCAGCGAAAAUCCCUCAUUGAUGCUAGUUCCAAAGCUGAGAAAUAUUCCAUCCAUAAGCUGUUAUUGUCAUUUGUACAGGAAAAAGGGGAAAACGAAAUGAAAGAAAUGGUUCUCAACGCUAAAGUGCGUUUUUUUGAACUGUAUAUUUCCCUCUUCGAGACGCUAACUGAAAAGUUCCUCACAGGACGUUCCAUGUCGGCUUUCCUUGAGUUUUUUCAGAAUGAGGAAAGUUUCGUUCAAAGUCUAAUUGACGGUUGCCUGGAGGAAAGAACAGUCAGUAAAGUUUGCAAUGUUUUAAUCAAAGCUGAAAUGUAUCUCUGCUUUCUUUACUGGCGAGAUAGCGGUAUGAUUGACAUCAUUUACGAAACGGCAAUAAAGGCAGCCAAUAAUCACAAUCGGCUUAACUCUGUCCACAAACAACUGCUUCUGUCGAAAACGUAUGGUAGCUUGGUUAUGGGCGCAACUGAAGCGACGGAGAGGCUGCUGUCGGUGAAUGAGCAAGUUCAAUCGUCUACUGUCAUCCAAGACACACAAUUGCAAGGAGAAUUCUUGACUUACCAAGGAUUGUACAAACUUUUUACUGGGAGAGCUAAAGAAGGAGUGAGAUAUUUAAAAGAAGCACUUUCGUCAUUGGAAACCACUCCAAAACACAGAAUCCUAAAGCUCAUUAUUCUCCAAGUUCUUUCUCUUUAUCAAAGUGCCAAAAAGAACCCGUUAAAGGCUCUUGACCUUUACAAAAAAGCAGUAGAUGAAUGCAAAGCAGUGGGAGACACGGGCUUAGUAGUAAUUCCGGAGAUCGAUGAAACCAGGAGAGAAGAAGACAGGAUACAUCUAAACGAAACCAGACUGACCCAUAAUCAGCCACUUCAAACCGAAGUUGUCAUUCUCGUGAGUCAAGCAGUAAAGAAUAUCUCCACUGAUGAAACCAAGCAAUUCUUUUGUAAUUUACUGCUGCAAAUACUGACGGAAUCUGACUCUGCCAUACCAACUGGUGCAACUGGUCGGUUCCAUUUUCAUUUAUCUGGAGUAAGAUUGCUCAUCAAAUUAAAAGGGAAAAUGGACCGUGCAAUUCAUAUAGAAGAUAUAGUGAAUUUUCAUCCCGAAAAGAUCCAAACAAAACCUGAGAAAAACAUUAGUGCAACUUCCUCAAAUAACAGCGAACGCACGAAAGCCAACCACGUAGAAGCCUUGGAAUCAGAGAAGCGUGCACUGAAUAUCAGGUUAAAAGUCCUGGGUGAAGAACAUUCACAAACCGCUCACAGCUAUCAUUCAUUAGGAGUUACUCAACAUUCACUUGGAGACUUUGUGUCAGCCCUUGAGUCAAACAAGCGUGCACUGAAUAUCAGGUUAAAAGUCCUGGGUGAAGAACAUUCACAAACCGCUCACAGCUAUCAUUCAUUAGGAGUUACUCAACAUUCACUUGGAGACUUUGUGUCAGCCCUUGAGUCAAACAAGCGUGCACUGAAUAUCAGGUUAAAAGUCCUGGGUGAAGAACAUUCACAAACCGCUGACAGCUAUCAUUCAUUAGGAGUUACUCAACAUUCACUUGGAGACUUUGUGUCAGCCCUUGAGUCAAACAAGCGUGCACUGAAUAUCAGGUUAAAAGUCCUGGGUGAAGAACAUUCACAAACCGCUGACAGCUAUCAUUCAUUAGGAGUUACUCAACAUUCACUUGGAGACUUUGUGUCAGCCCUUGAGUCAAACAAGCGUGCACUGAAUAUCAGGUUAAAAGUCCUGGGUGAAGAACAUUCACAAACCGCUGACAGCUAUCAUUCAUUAGGAGUUACUCAACAUUCACUUGGAGACUUUGUGUCAGCCCUUGAGUCAAACAAGCGUGCACUGAAUAUCAGGUUAAAAGUCCUGGGUGAAGAACAUUCACAAACCGCUGACAGCUAUCAUUCAUUAGGAGUUACUCAACAUUCACUUGGAGACUUUGUGUCAGCCCUUGAGUCAAACAAGCGUGCACUGAAUAUCAGGUUAAAAGUCCUGGGUGAAGAACAUUCACAAACCGCUGACAGCUAUCAUUCAUUAGGAGUUACUCAACAUUCACUUGGAGACUUUGUGUCAGCCCUUGAGUCAAACAAGCGUGCACUGAAUAUCAGGUUAAAAGUCCUGGGUGAAGAACAUUCACAAACCGCUGACAGCUAUCAUUCAUUAGGAGUUACUCAACAUUCACUUGGAGACUUUGUGUCAGCCCUUGAGUCAAACAAGCGUGCACUGAAUAUCAGGUUAAAAGUCCUGGGUGAAGAACAUUCACAAACCGCUGACAGCUAUCAUUCAUUAGGAGUUACUCAACAUUCACUUGGAGACUUUGUGUCAGCCCUUGAGUCAAACAAGCGUGCACUGAAUAUCAGGUUAAAAGUCCUGGGUGAAGAACAUUCACAAACCGCUGACAGCUAUCAUUCAUUAGGAGUUACUCAACAUUCACUUGGAGACUUUGUGUCAGCCCUUGAGUCAAACAAGCGUGCACUGAAUAUCAGGUUAAAAGUCCUGGGUGAAGAACAUUCACAAACCGCUGACAGCUAUCAUUCAUUAGGAGUUACUCAACAUUCACUUGGAGACUUUGUGUCAGCCCUUGAGUCAAAGAAGCGUGCACUGAAUAUCAGGUUAAAAGUCCUGGGUGAAGAACAUUCACAAACCGCUGACAGCUAUCAUUCAUUAGGAGCUACUCAACAUUCACUUGGAGACUUUGUGUCAGCCCUUGAGUCAGACAAGCGUGCACUGAAUAUCAGGUUAAAAGUCCUGGGUGAAGAACAUUCACAAACCGCUGACAGCUAUCAUUCAUUAGGAGUUACUCAACAUUCACUUGGAGACUUUGUGUCAGCCCUUGAGUCAAACAAGCGUGCACUGAAUAUCAGGUUAAAAGUCCUGGGUGAAGAACAUUCACAAACCGCUGACAGCUAUCAUGAAUUAGGAGUUACUCAACAUUCACUUGGAGACUUUGUGUCAGCCCUUGAGUCAAACAAGCGUGCACUGAAUAUCAGGUUAAAAGUCCUGGGUGAAGAACAUUCACAAACCGCUGACAGCUAUCAUUCAUUAGGAGCUACUCAACAUUCACUUGGAGACUUUGUGUCAGCCCUUGAGUCUUUCAAGCGUGCACUGAAUAUCAGGUUAAAGGUCCUGGGUGAAGAACAUUCACAAACCGCUGACAGCUAUCAUUCAUUAGGAGUUACUCAACAUUCACUUGGAGACUUUGUGUCAGCCCUUCAGUCAGCCAAGUGUGCACUUGACAUCAGGAUGAAGGUGCAUGGUGAAGAGGAUCCACGAACUGUUAACAGCCUGGAUACGGUGAAGGAGUUGGAAAAGUUGUUGUGAAGGAAUUCAUGAUGAAAGGAGAGAAAAGGGAACAUUACAAUUAAGUAUUUUGAUAAAAGUCAUUUAUAUAUUCACACUAAUAUCAAGAGAUCCUAGAGAAGGUAAUUUUUUCGAAGAUGAUAGUUGAAAAUUUGUAUUACGAUGUAGCAAGACCUUAAAAAGUAUUUUUAGAAAUAACCAAAGGAAAGGAUAGGACUCGUCAUUUUCAAAACGCAGCAGUGAAAAGUAAAGGAAGGGCACAAAGCUAAAACGUUAUAUACAUUAUUAAGUUGUUAUCAUAGAAAUUCUUUUACUUGCCCUUUUUUUUUCUUCCUAGAGACUGUUGGUAUAUUUUUUAGUUUUUAGGAUUUUUUGCGAAAAGACAUAUUUAUAGUUGAUAAUAUAAAUUUGCUCUGUUGUCUCACGACAAAGUCACUAGAUGUAGAUCGCGACA